GCAACAACCACAGACGAAGAAGAAAGAGAACAUGGUCUUCCGGUAUUAGCCUAUUAGCUUCACAGAUAGUUAGCCCAAGUCUCUCAGAUUUGCGGUAAAUUCAAGCAAUCUAUUGACUUUAAGGUGCUCAAAAUGGAUAUUCUGAAAGCAGAGAUCGCACGAAAAAGGAAACUUCUUGAAGAAAAGAAUCUGAUUGAUGACUCCAAAAAGUACUUCAAAAGAUCUGACCUGGCAAAGAAGGAGCAGGAGGAUUACUUCAGACACUGUGGAUUAAAGGUUCAGGGCGAGACUCCCGAGAGACAGGUUGACAGUGGCGAUGAAGAAGAACCAUCCUCUUCAAACAAGAAUCCAGUGUUGGAGUUAGAACUAACUGAGGAGAAGUUGCCCAUGACGCUGUCCAGACAGGAGGUCAUCAGGAGGCUGAGAGAGCGAGGAGAGCCCAUACGACUGUUUGGGGAGUCAGACUAUGACGCCUUUCAAAGACUCAGGAAGAUCGAGAUUCUCACCCCUGAAGUAAACAAGGGUUUGAGGAACGACCUGAAGGCUGCCAUGGAUAAGAUCGACCAGCAGUAUCUGAAUGAGAUUGUGGGAGGAACAGAAGGCGGAGAGCUAGACACACAACAUGACCUCAAAGUGCAUGAAGAGAACACCACAAUAGAGGAACUAGUGGCUCUUGGAAAAACACUGGGCAGAGGAGAUGACCAUGGAGACCAGGAUGUUAUCGACAAAUUUUUGAGAUUUCUUUUGGGCGUUUGGGCCAAAGAUCUAAACAGCCGUGAGGACCAUGUAAAGCGCAGUGUACAGGGCAAACUGGCCAGUGCCACACACUCCCAGACUGAGUCCUAUCUCAAACCUCUGUUCAGGAAAUUGCGCAAGAAGAGUUUACCAGCAGACAUCAAAGAGUCCAUCACAGAUAUCAUCAAAUUUAUGUUGGAAAGAGAAUAUGUCAAAGCCAAUGAUGCUUACCUUCAGAUGGCCAUCGGAAACGCACCCUGGCCCAUCGGCGUGACCAUGGUGGGGAUCCACGCUCGUACAGGGAGAGAAAAGAUCUUUUCCAAACACGUGGCUCAUGUUCUGAACGACGAGACCCAGAGGAAAUACAUCCAGGGCCUAAAAAGACUUAUGACCAACUGCCAGAAACACUUCCCAACAGACCCAUCCAAAUGUGUGGAAUACAAUGCUUUGUAACGUUCACUUUUAACUUCUAUUAAUAAUGCUGAAGUUAUAAGAGCAAACUUGUAUAUAGUGAAAUUCUACCAUCACGUUUUGAAUUGAUUUGAAUUACAACUCGUGAAAAAUACCACAAUUUAAAUUAUUCUGUCUACCUUUUGUUAGGCUUUUGACAUUUGUUAGAUUCUUUUAUUGGCAUACAGGAAACUGCUAAAGCAAAUUGUACAAUAGAUAUUUUAAUUUGCAUGUAUAAGUUUUGUUACACAUUAAUGCUGUCGACUUUAAGGCUCCAUGUCUCUUUGUAAGAAAAUAAAACGUAUUGAACAUAUUGUGUAGUUUUGCUUCUGGCGUAUCAUUUUGGUGUUAUCAAAGGUGCUUCAUAGGUAGCUGGGUUGUUGAAU